GCGCUUCUAUAAGUCAGACCUACUAGCAGAUUUUUUCAUAGCAACUGUCGCAGACGAGAAGAAACCCGCCCAAGUUGCCCGACGAUGAAAGUUUGUAACAACCAGCUCCUUGUCAGUUUUCUUUUUGGACUGUCGUGCUGUUUUCUUGUUUGCUCGGCGAAUCAGGAUGAGGACGACUCGAUGAAUCCAGACAAGAAGGCUCUGGACUACUUGGGCUCGGGCUUCAUCAAGCGCUACCCAGGCGGCUCUCUCGACAGUUUAGGGUCUGGGCUGGUGAAGCGACCCAUCGACUCCCUGGGAUUCGGCUUAAUCCGAAAGCGGCCCAUUGAUUCCAUCGGGUACGGUCUAAUCAAGCGCGAAUUCGGAACACAGAAAUCGAAAAAAGACUUAGAUUAUCUCGGAGCCGGCCUGAUCAAGCGAGACGACAGCGAUGACGACGACGACAUUGAAUCCAUGGACACGGAAUCGGCUCAGAAACGCCUCGUGGAUUCGCUUGGUUCCGGUUUCAUCAGAAAGCGACCACUCGAUUCAAUCGGAAAAGGGUUCAUAAAGAGAGCGUACCUGGAUUCCAUUGGCAAUGGUUUUAUCAAGAAGAGGCCGCUCGAUUCUCUCGGGAAGGGGCUAAUCAGAAAACGAAUGUACCAGACGAAAGGUCACGGCUAUCUCAAGAAGCGUCCAAUCGACUCAAUAGGCUCUGGGUUCAUCUAAAAGUCAAACUUGACAACAAGGCGGAAACUGUACAGAAAAGAAUUUGUGAUAACGCUGGGUGCACCAUAGAAAAAACAAGACAGUCCAUAUCUCGUUAAACAAACUGCGUUUUUGUCCAUCAACGACUGUAUAGUUUCAUUAUGUAUUUUUCUUUCAUAACAGUCAAUAAUUGAUAUUUUUUCACCGUGUAAAUUAAAGCCACUUGUUCCAGUGUAAAACUGCAAUUACUGCAUAGUAUAUGACUGUUUUGUAAACCCAACAGCUUUAACCGUUGACCAUUUUUGCACACACAUAUAUAAAGAGUGACCAAUAUCGGACGUUAUAUUUGCUAUAGCUAACCAAAAGCUAUCAAUAAAUAAACAUCACAUUUCGCAGAUCGUUACUAAAAGACAUUCUGUAUGAACGUACCUUAACGAUUAAAACAAUUUCAAAUUGUGUGUCGUCGAGAACUGAACUUUAUCAAACAAAACCUAUACCUUGACAGCUAGUAACAUAUCAUAAAGUGUCAUCUAGAUACUUUGUUAAAUUUAUUCUUUGAUUUAUUUUUAAAGUUUUACUCAAUCUGUUCUGUGUUGUUUUGCUGGUCAUCUACUUUUAGGGGGUUGGUGUGGAGGAGUCCAAUUUUUUUUUUAUGAAGCGUAUUUCAGAUACAGUCACAUCGACGAAGAGACUGGUUACGGCAAUUGUUAUUAAUACCUAUCAAUUAGAGUAUAAAUAUCGGACGUAACACAUAGUUUAAUAAUCUUAUAAUUUCUAUCAUGAAAGAUAUAAAAAGGUGAAUUAAUUUACCUUUUGCACCACCCAACCCAUUCCGCAAACGAUCACUCCCCUUAUACUGAGUAUAAGGUACGGUAUAAACAAUAUACAAAUAUGUACACUUGGCAAAAGGGAUAAACAAACAAUUAUACGUCUAAACAGGAUGAAAUUGGUAAAGUAAAAGUUCAAUGAAAAGGUGAGAAAGAGAAUGAAACAAUAUUCUCAAAGCAUACCGACUACGUUGUGUCCAAAUGCGCUAGCUGGAAUGAUAAUAAAAUUGUUUUAACAAGCAAUGAGUGCUCAUUAAUAAGAGUAAGAAAAUACACAGAAAUAUAUAAUUACUAUGCAAAAACAACAAAAACGUUGUAUGAAACUCAAACAGAAAGAAAAUAGGUAAAUAUUUAAAAACAGGCCAAUUUUGACUUCAUGAUAAAAUUUUACUAUAACACUAAAAUUAUACUUUUAUUGAACUUACCCAAGUCACAGUUUCACGGUAACUGAUGUCACAAUCAAUUUUAAAGCUAAUUUUCGAAUUUCAAAUACAACUUAGCUGUAUUUUGUCUUACUUUUGUAACUAAUAUUAAUUUCAAACGAGGUGGCUAUAGGCAGGUUACCUAAUGCUGAAAUACAAAUUAAUCGGACUACCGUAAAUAGUCUUUAGUACAAUAAAAUACACGAGAAACAUUCUUAAUAAACAAAUAUAGAAUUAAAAUAUCACAUUUCAAUAGUAAAACAUACAGGCACAUUAUACGUAAUAAUAAUUUACUUAAAAGAAACUUAAAAACGAAUCGACACUUCAAAUAAAUAGAAAUGUAUAACAAGUGUGUAUUUUUAGAUAGUGUAUGAAGGUAGUCACCAAACAGGUAAAUUCACGGUUUGGCUAUAAUGCACAUUAAAUUGUUAUUAUUUAUAAUUAUUGUUGAACGGUAAAAAGUUAUCUACUUUUCUACUUACGGUAGAGUUAUUUUCUUUGUUACUAACAAGGGCGAUGAAUUGGGCAAGUAGGACACGGUAAUUUAAACUACUUUACGGUAUUAAGCUACUUUGCGAUAUUACCGUGAACGCCAUAUUUCUUGAACCCGCCGUUGAAUAAAAAAUGUGAUUUUAUUUUUAAACAGAACGACGCGGCAGAUAUUUUUUUAAUACCAAAUUAUAAGAUUAUAUAUUAUUUAACAGAGAAUUUUUUUCUCUCAUUUGAUGUACUACGUACUCUAUUAAUAUUGAAUCAUCUUUAAAACAGUUCAUCAUUAAGCAUCGAUAUUAAUUUCAUAUAUCUCUGUAUCAUGAGAUGUGCUAUGUUAAUUCAGCAAUAAAGACUUGGACAGAU